CUCGGCCAUAGCAGGGACAUUCCGCCAUAGCCACAGACGGCGGCAAGAGCACGGUCUUAUAAAAGAUCACUCGCUUUGGCUUCUCCGGUGUUGCGCAUCCCAAUUAUGACACUGCCUUCGCAUGCACGUCUCCCUGGAUUUGUCGCUAACCUCUGACUCUGUUAGCAGGAGGAGGAGGAGUGAGUGAGAGAGACCGAGGCAGAGACGAGUUUGUUUAAGAGGGUUUAGGUGAAUUUCUUGGUGUUGGCGUGAGUUUUAGUUGCAGGCCAGGUUUCGGAUAUUUUCCGGUUUCUUUGUAAGUUGGAUUCGGAGUUAAAGGAAGGGACCAUGCGGAGGUCGUCGACGAGAAGAACAGGGGUGCUCCUCCAGCCUGCCUCUGGCGUCGCUGCUGCUGGAACAGGAAAUAAAGCUGCUCUCAGAGAACAAGAAAAAAUCGAUACUUUUUUCAAUCAGUAUGCUGAUAAGACCGAGGACAAUUGUAUAGGGCCCGAUGGAAUCGAAGCAUUGUGUGAAGACCUUGGAGUUUCUCCAACAGAUAUAAAAGUUCUGCUUCUUGCAUGGAAACUGCAAGCUGCUCGGCAGGGAUACUUUUCGUUGGAGGAAUGGAGGAAAGGUUUGAAGGCUAUGCGAGUGGACAGUUUGGACAAGCUGAAGAAGGCUCUUCCUGCAUUGCAACAAGAGGUAGUCAGUCCGUAUUCUUUUAAAGAUUUCUACACAUUCUCAUUCAAGUACUGUCUGACGGAGCCUCGUCAGAAAACAUUGGAUUUAGAAACAGCAUGUCAAAUGUUGGACUUGGUGCUGGGUUCUCGGCCACAUGUAGGAUCAUUUCUUCAUUUCUUGCAGGAACAAUCUGAGUACAAAGCCAUGAACUUAGACCAGUGGUCUGCUUUCCUCCGAUUUUGUGACGAGAUCAAGUCUGACCUCAGCAACUACGAUGAAAGUCAAGCAUGGCCGUUGCUUUUGGAUAAUUACGUGGAGUGGGCCAAGAAGCGCAUGCAAACUCUGUCAUAGUCUCUGCUUCGCAGUCUGCUCGAAGCUACUUGAUCGUCUCACAACCAAGGACCAAGAUGAGUUGUGUGCUUGAGGGCCUGGAGCAAAUAUGAAGACCUCUGCUCUUAGCUCGUAGCAACGUGAUUGUUUCUCAUGAUGUCUCCAGCAUUCAGGAAUGACUGUUCUGUUGUACACGACUCCGUCUUUACUCGCGGAACAGUGCACACGAGCAGUGCAAGGUCUGGGUAGUAUUCAUUGCCACUUAGUGUAUUGUGGUCACAUGUUAUUGAAGAUGGCACGCUCAGUCUACCACGCAUGGUGCCGGGAGUUUGACAUCAGCUGGUUCAGUGGUAAUGUAAAUGUAGGUGGUUUAAGGGGAAAUAUUAUGCAUGUAAUGAUAUCAUUCUGGCAGUGGCUCCACUGGACAUCAUACCUAAGUAUGUAACGUUUCAGAAUAAGAUGGUUUUAGGUGCGCAUUUGCCAGUAAUGCUUGGCAACUGCCUCGUGUUCGUGAAUCCACAAUUUAUUUUC